AUCCCAAUUAUUACCAGAGUGCAUCUUUAGGUCUCAAAACAAAAGUGAAAUGUUUUAUUCUACUUUAAUGCAACAGUGUCAUUAUUUGGGAAGUACUUUUCCUGGCAUAAUUUCCAUGCAUUUAAAACCAUCCCAAGUAAAUUUUUUGGGGGCAUAACAUUUGAAACCCUAGCAGAAAAUCAACCAACCCUGAGUUAUGGCAGAGCCUACAAUACUCAUCCCACUCCUGAUAUUUGGUAAAAAUGGGAUUUGUAACUUCUCUUGAUACGGCUGAAAAAUACUCAUCAUCUCUUGAGGAGGUAAAUUUAGGCAUUAUUUUUAAAAUGCUUUAAAAAUACCUCAGAAAAGCUACUUAGAGUAAGAUAAAAUGUUUUUCAGAGCCAAGGAAAUAGCUCUGAUUAGGUUGUCCCCAUGAGUGAAUGUGAGGUAUAUGGACAAUUUCUGCAUAAAGAGAGCACUAACAUUACCCAAAGUCAUUAACUGCUAGGCAGGAAUUAAUAUGUUUACAAUUCAAGCCAAGUGAUAAAUAUGAAUAUAUAAAAGGCAAAUACUCAUUGCAUCCCUGUGAAUUAUUAAAACUCUUUCUUUCCUUAAUAAAUGGAAAAAUUAACAUGUACAAGCAUUCUGCUUUUUCCAGUUACUGGGCUUUUUUUCCUAGGCAGGAAACUUAUCCUUGUAACUUUUGUUAACACCUGAAAUUUAAAAAAAAAAUUAAAAAAUAAAAGGCCAAACAGACAGAAAAAGAUACUUUGAAGUUCAAAUCUGUUGAACUAAAAUUUUAUGAAAAACCCCACAUCAUGAAUUGCCUGUUAAAUGAGUGCCUAUGGAAUAUCAAGGCCAGGCUGGAUGAGCUUUGGAGCUACCUGGGAUCACGGAAGGUGUCCCUGCCCAUGGCAAGGGUGGGACUUGAUGCUCCUUAAGGUCCUUCCAACCCAAACUAUGCUGGGGUUCUAUAAUGAACAAAGGAUUUGUCCUUUCUUCCCCCCAAGACUUGGUGUCCCUUGUCCCAGCCACCGAAGACAUCUGUGACAUGAUGUGUCAGCUUCCACCACCUGUCCUUUUGUCACCACCUUCAGUCCCCAGGAGCUCUCCCACAAGCCAUCAAGUCCCUCAUUAGAUAAUCGAUUGCUGCAGAUCUUAUCUGUCACCUGGUAAUUGAUGUGAAAUAACAAAAUUAUGCUUCCAAACAAAGCCUGUUAGCUCAUCGCUCCAGCUCAUCGUCCUGAGGACAAGCUGAGCUCCAGUAAACCCUGGUGAUGGUUCCUACCAGGCUUCAACGAAAGCUUUGAUUUCCAUCAGCUCACAGAGAAGUAAAACAAUUCCAUAAACAAACAGAGUCUCCACAGCUUGAGGGGGACAUCAUAGCUGACAGGAGGAAUGAGAAGGGCCACCAAAGUGACAGCCUGGAGAAGUGCCAAGGAGAACUCCGUGUGGCCUUCACUAUCUAAAAAGGGCUUGGAAGAAAGAUGGAGGAGACUUUUAUCUUCCCACUGCCAGAGGGCAGAGUUAAAUGGGAUUUUGGGAAGGAAUUGCUCCCUGUGAGGGUGGGCAGGCCCUGGCACAGGGUGCCCAGAGCAGCUGUGGCUGCCCCUGCAUCCCUGGCAGUGCCCAAGGCCAGGCUGGAGCAGCCUGGGAUAGUGGAAGUGUCCUGCCCAUGGCAGGGGGUGGAAGGGGAUGAGCCUUAAUGUCCCUUCAACCUAAACCACUGUGACAAGGGAUGGAGAGGUUCCCUCCUGAGAAGGGCUCCCACAGUCCCAGCCUCUCCCAAGAAGGCACAGCGUGGAUGGAUUCACAUCCUCCUGAGGUCUCCAAACCCGCUGCAGCGGGGAUGAAAGGAGUGCACAGCCGCUGCUCACAAGUGCCACUGUGUCAGAACCAGGAGGCAGCAGCUGAAGCCGACAGGAGAUGAAUUUCAAACAAAUAGGAGAUGGGACUUUUAAUCCUGGCAUUUCUUUUUCCCUCCCAGGGAGUGAUGGGAGUUGUGCCUACAGAAGCCACGGGGACAGGCAGCAAAGGCAGAACAAGGAAAGUUUGGAGAUAAGGAGCAGCCUCCACUUCCCAUCCAACCAACUUCCCCAUCCAGGCUUGGGCAGAAGGCUGCUGAGAAGGGAAGGAUGUGGGUACACUCAAUUUAUUAGGGCACUACUUUAAAUUCCCAGAAGUAAACUGAGGAAGUGCCAUAUUAUUAUCAGAUUUUAUUUCUGGGUUUUCAGAGGUUUCACCCUUUUCUUCCCCAACAGCCCUUCCAGUUGUUGGGCUUUUCUAUAACACUGAUGGACACCCCUUGGAUAUAAAGCAGCUGCUAAUUAUGCUCCUCAACCCCUGCUAAGUAUUAAUAUUUAAAGUCCUGAACUUGUUUAAAAAUUGAAGAAAAUCAAAAUGUGGUGCUGCUUUGAAUGGUUUUUAAUUCAGUGUCCCCAAGCCAAAAAGGACAGAGCCAUUUUUCCUGCACUGUGUUUUGAACAGCCACAGACCAAGGAUUAAGAAGGACUUCACGUGGCCUCUGCUGUCAAUUGUAAACUCAUUUAAUGUCAUUAUCAGGCUUCCCAUAUUUUUCAGAACACAACUUUUUGAAAUAUCUUGGGCUUUCAGGAUUUCCAGACUUUUCAAAAUAACUUCUGUUCCUUUCUUAAGGUAAAACUCAGUCAUAGGCAUUUUAAUACAUAAAAUAAUCAGGUCUUUGCACAGUUAAUCAGGAAUUUAGCAUAUUCUUGUUUGCACAAGGCAAGUUUCUAGGCCAUUUUAUUUAGAAAAAAAAAAUAAGUGAGGGAGGAGAAGCUCUUAAUUGUGAGCAUAUGGCUAAAUUUUAGGUGCCCAUGAUGCUGCAAACUGCUCUUUAUAUCCCUUUUUUAUUCACUGCCAUCAUAUUUCCCUGUCAUGUAUCAAAGUUAUUAGGAGCAAUUUUAUUUUGGCACCUGCUUGGGGAUUUUAGAAACUACACUAAAGAGUUCAUUUCUGAACAUUAUGGCCAAAAUACUCAAUUUGGUGUAGAGCACCAAUAGAAAUAGGGAGUUUAAUUCUAUUUGCACUGUUCAUUAUUUCCCUCUUCCAUAAUUUUGUAGGAUUUUCAGUUUUCACUUGUUUAACACAUUUAAUUUCAGCUUGUUUUUUUCUGUUAAGCAGUUUUCUGGCAUGCAUUAGGGCCAGGCUGCUCCCUGGGCUUCUAACUUGAAGGCAACAUGCAAAAGCACAUAAAAGUCUGUAUUUUUAUGCUAUGUUCAAAUUUUAAAUAGUUCAAUAUUUCAAAUGAGAAAACCUUCCCGAGGCUUUGGGAGUUUACAUUACUUUAUAACAUUGAAUGUUCUCCACUUUGACAGAAAAGUUGCAUUAAAUCCUCCAUCUAAUGAAAUCAAUGUUGUAUAAAUAAUAUAUUAUUCCACCAAAGAGCAAAUAGGAAUCAGAUGCAAGUAUCCCCAUUAUUUGUUGGAUUUGCCUUUUUUCUGCCCAUAACUUGAGCUUGAAGAUGGAAUUCAUGCUCAUCCCACAUUUCAUUAGGUGCUUAAAUCUGAAACCAUUUGUCUAAAGGCAAUCAAAAGUACGACCAGAUUUGUUGGCUUUUAUUUUUAAGCAGGGCAGGAUUUUUCCCCUUUGCUAUAAAGCAGUCAGAAAGAAAACCCUGGAAUUUGGAAAAGUCAUAAAAUAAACGAGAUAAAGCAAAAUAUUAACAAAGUUAGCAGAAUGUUCCUUUAAAAACAUUCCCCCUCACUUCCAGUUCCUCAAGACAUCUUAACAAGGAUGUAAUUUCCCAUUUGCUCUCAGUGAGCAAAUCAAACAGGGUGAUUUAUUAUUCAGAUGGGCACAAAGGAUUUCUGAAAUGCAAAAAGAAGGGCUCUAAAAGCACAAGUCAUCAGUAAUGACGACAGCCUGAACUGCCUUUCAAAUAUGAACAAAAUGCAGCCAUUUAGGGGCUCAUACAUCACGCUCUCCCAGACCCUCAUUUAUUUCCCAACUGUACAGGCUGCAUGAAAAUGGAACCAGAAUUUGGCAUCUACUGAGAACAUCUUUAUCAGGGAAGUGAUUCCACACCAUGGGCGAGCAGCUCAGAAUCCCCACCCUUGGAAGAACAACCAAGGCUUUCCAAUCACCUCUUCAGUCCCCUUCCCAAAACAUCUGUGUGCUGAAAAGGAACUUUUCUGAACUAUAAACACAGUGAAAAUAUGACAAAACUCCCAUUCCUAUCCCAAGAAAAUUCAGAUUUUCUUGAUAAACAUCUUCAGCAAUUUGGGCUCCGAUGAGACAGCACUCAACUGGAACCCAAAAUCUCAGCUUUAGCUGGUGAGACCUGCUGUUAUAUUUUUCCUCCAAUGAUCUGUACAAUGGGAAAUUGAGAGAGAGAACUAAAUCCUGCUCAUUCUUAUCCCAACGAAGCACAGAAAUAACCAUCAGAGCUAAUGAGGUUACUCAGCAUUUUUCUUCUCCGAGCAGAAAACCCACACAGAGCAGUUCCCUCAAUCAGCUGUUUAAUAUUUCAGCUGUGCACAGGUAUUAUGGGUAUUAAACAUAUAUUCUUAAAUCCACUUUAUCUCCAAAAUGUUCCUUUAAGUAAAGAGAUGUGGAAUUAGCACUUUAUACAUAAAGAACUGACAUCAGCAUAAGCUCAAAUGAAUUUUCCAAGCUCAUGGAAAAGACUUAUUAUGGAGCAAGACACUCCAGCAAAUCUCCCAAAUUUCUGCCAAACAUGACUCCAAGAGACCUUUUUCCUCUGCAUCACAGCCAAGCAGAAAAUAUCCUCCCCCAAAGCAAGGAGCACCUCCAAGGACUGGACUGCAGGAAGACCUGUUUGAAAUUCCAGCCAAGUUUGCCUUCACCUCAGCUGGAGCAGAGGAGCAUAUUUAACAUCCUUCCAUUUCUGGCAGGUUGAAGGAAAUAAAUUAAUUAAUUACCAAUUCAGCCCAGAAAGCCAGGCAGUUAUCAUCUAAAGGCACAGAAAUAACCACCUAAGUAAUGGGAAUGAAGGUUCAGCAAUGUGAAAAUUCUUGGUUUUAGCAAAGACUGAAUGGCAGCAUUGGCUCCAAGUGACCACAGAGAGAAAAGGCACAACUUUGUCCACAGCUUUGCUUCAAAUCAAGUGAACUUCACCAUUCUGCCAUCUCUGACACAGGUGGGAAGUUCCUGCUUCUAAGGAAUUAAUAUCCCUGGGAACCCAGCUCAGGCAUAUAGUGUUGAGACUUAAAUGAUGCCUCCUAAUAUAAUUGACUUGAUGUAGAUCUGAAAACCCCACUGGUGCUGGUUUACCAUCCUCCCUCCCCACACUGGUGGUCACCAAACAUCUGGCAGGUAACUCAAGUUCUAGCUGCCACGUGCUUUUCCCCAAGCUGCAUCCAAGCUUUCCUCCACAAGAACUUCAGAAACUGUUCCAAAAAAUUGCAUUUUAGCGUUCCACUGUCGGACCUGCGUCUCCUAGAGGAGCACAGUCCUACAAAGCACCUGCUCUGCACAAAAUCCUCCCAGGCACAGCAUUUCCUGGGGCAGUCCUUGAGCCUAAACCUGAGUGUGGGGAGGACAUGCCAGGCUGACCCUCCCACUGUCACCCAGAUGUGUCCUCAGAAUCUGAAUGUAAGAAAAAAAUUCACGUAAAACCUGAAGCCUGUAAUAUUUCCAAAUACACACAGAGAUGCCUCCCUGAAUUUAUGAUGCAAUUAGCAGGGAGGGAGAAGGGCCCCUCACGGCACUUCUCCACAGAGAAUGCCACUAAAAAUCCAUCUCACUGCUCCCCAAGCCCUGCUUUUCUCACUGCCCCCAGAAUUCCAAGGCAGGACUUCCACCUGCACGUGUCACUGCAGCCCCAAGCAGUGCUCACUCCUCCCUGACAGACACAGGGAGGAAAAGCCAGUCUGGGAAGGUAAGACACUCCAUGAGAGAGAAACACAUUUAUAACCUAAAACAACUACAAUGAAUUGCUCUUUUCUCUUUGCACCCUCUCAGGUUGAAGCCCAGCCCCUCUCUCCCCUCUCAAGCAUCUCUUCAACACUACAUUGCAUUAUGCAACAGUCACGCUCAGCAUUUUUAAAGGCUAAAAUAUUGACAACUGGGGUGAUGAAGCACUUCCAAUUUCCCAGUGUAUUUACUUCUAUGUGCUGUUACAGUAACAUGAAGCAUGAUAAUCACAAAACACUUCAUUUUUCACAAACCCCAAUUUAAAAAAUCCCUGUACACACCAAUGGUGUCAGCAGUUACACAUGAAUCUGGUCCACAUCAGAAAGUACUUUUUAAUUCUCUAAAAACCUCCACAAGAGGCUGUACAGUUUAUAAGUGGGGCAUAUGCAUAAUGCUGUGCAAGACUAAUCAGCCCUGAGACAACAGCUUCUAAAUAUCAUUAUGGAGAAGACAAGAAUGAUGUUUAACUGCUGCUUCUGUCAGACAGAUUCUCCUUUCAAGUCACUCAGGAUAUCAAGUUAUAGUAUUUCUUUCCAGUAAUCAUGGACUGGAUAAGCUCACAUUUUCAGCUUGUGAAAAAGAAACAGCAUCUCCUACCACUGAUCAGCUGGCUCUGAGGAAGUAGCCUGUGUUAUUUCAGACGUGCCUACCCUACCAUGUAAUUUUACCCACGUCUGUAUCCAGGCUGCAGCCAAAAACCACAUUUAUUUUCGUAGAGAGAAAUCCACAGAGGACCUGGAAUACAGCAAGUCAGCACUGCUAGAAAGAAAAACAGUAAAAAACAAAAAACAGAAAAACAAACAAAAAAAACAAAAACCAAAACAAAACAAACAAAAAAACCAAAAAAACCCCCCCAAAAAACCCCAACAGCGUGGUGGUUGCCGUUGCAUCAAUAAGCAGGUCAAUGUUGAAGUUCUUUGGAAAAAAAAAAUGUAUCUGAUAAAAUACCAUGAGAGACGCUGAAUGUGAUCCAAGCUGUGGCACAGUCCCUAGCCCAGGGCAGAGCAGCCGGUGAUGUGGAGGGCACACCCCUAGCACCCUCGAUCAGGGAUCAGCGGCAGGGAUAAGGAGCAGAGGGAAGAGGGCAGCGGGAGUACCUGCACAGGUGGCAGGCAGGGAGAGCAGCGGAGCUGCCCUCUGCUGACUGUCUGCUUUGCUGAACGCUGCUCUGAUCCGGUCCUGCACAGCCACAGGGUGAUUUACCCAGCCGUGCUUUCCGUGGCUCCAUCCCCACGGAUGCCACGCUCUGGGUGCCAGCCAGACCCACGCGGGUCUCCUGCCCCGGCCCGGCAGCAGCGCAGUGCCCCUGCCCGCUGCAAUGCUGUGCUGCAACGGGCUGCUCCAGCUGAUGAACUCCAAAACACACCCGGGACUCGAGCCAGGGCUUCUGAUGCAUCUUGUCUGUGGAUGCCCGGACUCAUCCAGCGCCCAGCUCGGCUGGCCCUGCCUGCUGUGGCAUGGGGGUCCUGCUGGGACACUUUGGGCUGGUCCAGCCGCUCUCAUCUGCCAUUUCAAAUCAGGGGUGGCUUCAGGAACCCCCAAAAUCAGUAACCCUCAUCAACACCAAUGGUGAAGGCACUGCUGUGACAGAGGAACUGCGUGGCCCACACCUGCUGGCACCUGGGCUAGGGGACUUUCCUGCUGGAAAGUAUUUACUGAACGGCAAAACUCCUGGGAAUCUCAGAAUGAAGCACAGACCCAACUCCGACCCAUUCUCGUGCCUCUCGUGGCAUUUUCUGUCUAGCACGCAGGUAAAAUACACACGACCUAUUUAACUUCCAACUUUUUGCUUUUUUUAAAGUGAAAACAUCAUUGCUAAACCCUCCGUAAAAUGACAGAAAAGGAGGAAAGGGGAUUCAAGUUUUACACAGAUUAUCACGUUUAUCAAUCUCCUCUGCCAAACUGCUUCACUCGGAACUCGCAUCCAUUUUAUAAAAGGUUUAAAAGCAAAUGGGAGCAGCUACUCCUUUAGCACCUUAAACACUUUCCCUCCCAAUAAAAGGCAGCCGUAUAGCUUUAACCCAGCGCUUCGCUGAAAUUCCCAAUGGAUCAGCAUCACCCACUCUGCGGCUGCUCCAUCGCUCCCGAAACGCGACUGGAAACCCGGGCUGCGCGGGGACGGCGGGCACGGCUCUGUUCUUAACGAGCCCCCGCGCAGGGGAAGCAGAGCAAUAAAGCAAGCUUCUCAGCGAGCCUGCGAGCGGCAGCUCCGCGCUUCUCCCGUCCCCGUGCGCGGCCGCCGAGCACCGCUCCAUCCCUCCAUCCCGCCUCCCCCGCCCGCCCCCGCCGCCAGCCCGGCCCCCGGCUCCUCCUCCCCGCUCCCGCCCGGCUGGGGGACGCCCGCCGGUCCGGCUCAACAAGUUCCCCUCGGCGGGGACCGGCCGAGGGGACCCCCCGACAGCGAGCCCCCGCCGCAGCCCAUGAGGGCAGCGGGGGAGCGCGGCGGCGGCGGCGGCUGCGGCUCCUCCGGCGGCUCGGCGGCUCCGCGGCAGAUGCGCCCCGGCGCCCAGGCUCUGACGCCCAGCUCGCCCCGGCGGCUGGAGGGAGAUGCUCGCCCAGACCGCCGCUUCUGCGUGAGGAAGCACAAGGCAUCAUGGUGAGUAAGGAGCCCAGCAAAUGCUUACUCACCGCCUCGGACAGCGACGUUGAGCCCGCGGCUUCCCUGGCGCUGGAGAUGAAAUACGCGCUGGAUCCCAACCGGCAGAUCAAGAAACGGAACAAGGCCCUCCAGGUGAGGUUUAAGGAUAUCUGCGAGGCCCAGAACGAGCAGAGGGACAAGCAGCUCUCCACCUCCUCCACGCAGGACCCCGACAAGAGGGAGGCCAAGGCCAUCUCCUACAAGACGGCCUAUCGCAAGUACAUGACGGUGCCCGCCCGCAGGUCCAUCCCCAACGUCACCAAGAGCACAGGAGUCCAGACUUCCCCUGAUCUCAAAAAGUGCUACCAGACCUUCCCUCUGGACCGGAAAAAAGGGAAUAUUCUGAAAAGCGCCUCAACUGUGGACACGUUACCGAGCGAGAACAACGGGUUCCUGAUCGAGGUGAAGGACAGGGAGGGCCGGGGCUCGGGCGAGGCCGCGGCGUGGGGCAGGAAGGCCGGCAGCCUGCAGACGGCCGAGUUCAUCUCCCACAUCACCGAGCGCGCCGCGCACGACAACGGCGCCGAGGCCUGGAAAAGCAGCGAUUUGCACAGUUCUCCCAAAGAGCCUCCUCCUCCUCCUCCUCCACCCAACUUGGCCGAGCCCGGCGAGGAGGAGCCGGCGCGGCCGCCCGGUCGGGGCAGAGCGACGGCGGCGGCGCGGCUGGGGAGCGACGAGAGGGUCUUCAAGACUGAAGUGGCCACGGUUUACCUGCCGGCCUCACAGCCUGACCUGCCCGGCCUGGGCGACUGGGGGCCGUGCCCCGACGAGGACGACAAGAGGACGGUGCAGCUGAACGGGGUGCAGCCCCCGGCCGGAGAUGCCCGAGCGUGCGCGGCGCGGGCGCAGUGCCUGGCCCCCGAAUGUAGUGACCAGAGCCUGCAGGUCAACGUGGCGCCCAUGGAGGAGAGCCAGCCCUGCCGGACGGCCGUGGCCGUGAGCCAGGAAUGCCAACAAAUCGUGCCUCACACCGAAGUUGUGGACUUGAAAGCGCAGCUUCAGAUGAUGGAGAACCUGAUCAGCUCUAGUCAGGAGACCAUCAAAGUGUUGUUGGGUGUUAUACAGGAGCUAGAGAAGGGAGAAGCUCACAGGGAAGGGUCCUGAACUGCUAUUACUGCGAUUCAUCACUAAAUGAGUCGAUGCCAGCAGAACUGUAGCAGCAUCUCUGAAGGCAGCAGUCUCAUCCUUUGGGUGCCUAUCAUCUGUGUGUGCUUUUGAAAAUGUCAGUGCUCCAUCAUCUGCAAUUAGCAACAACAGCCAGCACUCAACUCUGCUUCAAGGGAAAGGGAAAGCCACUAAAGCAGGAGGGGAAACACAAAAACUGUGAUCCCUCUCCCAGUUUCAAAGGACAUGAUUAAAAUUCUGUGUUAUGUGCUGCAUUAUUUACUAAAUCCUUGGCAAAAUGGCUGGUCUACCUCUCUGUGUGGAACCUUCUACAAAAAAAAAGCAAAUUACUCCCAGCAAACAUUGCUGGAUGCCUUAAGUCAUGCAUGAAGGAAGUGCAGAGCUGCAGCUUCAAUUAAGAGUCCCGGCUCAGAGUUAAAAAAACAUUGAAUAUUACAUGAUGCAGGGUGCAGCUUUGCAACACAAACCCAGCUUUAUGCUCCAGUUUUGCUCUGAUAAAUCAUCAGCGAUCUCACUUUACAGACAUACUUAUCUGUGUUCGGAGGGAGAAUUUAGGAAGCCAAAUGCGUGGAGCAUCACUAAGGCUGACAGGACUGCAAGCACAAUGGAAGUUAAUCAUUCUAAAACCUGGCUAACAAAGAUCUGUGAAAUACAGAGCAGAAGAUGAGUACGUAAUCAGAAUUACUUUGCUGCUGGAGAACAGCAGUGACCUGCCCUUUAAAUCCUUCCCGUGGAAGGAACAGUAAUCUGGGCCCUCCUCAUUAUACAACAAAUCAGCAAUUUUAAUAAACAAAGGGCUCAAUUUGCCACACAAAAACAAGUCACAGUAUUUUGACUCUGCCAGGCCAAAUGCUACACUCUAGACAAGAGUUAAAUGAACCUGUUUCAGAGCUAAUUUACAUUCCUCUAUUAGUCAGCAGUGGUUCAGGAAUUUAAAGAGCUCUCAACAAACUCCUUCGAAGACGUUGUCAUGGAUGGAAUUUAAAUGUCAUUGCACGUUUUUCAAUGACUAAGGGAAUUUUGCGCCUCACGUUCUCAUUUCUGAGCAGAAAAUAAGCCCAUAUUGUGUGUCUGGAUGGAGGUUUGCACCCAAGGGAAGAAGAGAGCAGGGAGCAUCCUCACCGAGUGCUGCCUGAGCAGCACUGCCAGCUCUGGUCCUCAAGGUCACCCAAACUGAUCCUCCUGCUCAGCAGAGAUGGCAAAUCCAAGUCAGGGAGCCAAAGCAAUUAUUGCCUGGGUUGUUUGCUCUGCUCCCAGCCCAGCUCUUCAGAGCAGACCAAGGAGACAGAGCAGAUCAAGGCAGGAACAACCUCCAUCCCCUCACCUUCCAAAACUGGAGGUCCUCAUUUCAUACUGGAGAAAAGGAAGGUUAAAAGAGUUCACAAGAGCAGAGCCUCUGAAAGCACAGCCUUUGGGAGUGAUGUACCCGCUGCAGGAAUGCCAGCACAGGGCUUGCUUUGGGAUUUCCCCCCUCAGUGGCUUUGUUUUGCUUUUUUUCAAUUACAGCCCUGGCAAAGGGAAGGUUUAACAGGAUCAUUUCUAAAGAGAAAACCUGGAAAUGGAGGGAAACAACAGAUAAGCUUAACUACAAAAGACAGCUCACUAGAAAUAAAUACAUGAAAAGCAGAAAGAACAGAGCAAAUUGCAUCUGGGAUGCACAAAUUGUGUCAUAUUCUGAGUGACUCCAGGUUUUGGGACACUAAGAACAUCUCGGGAAGAGGACUGUGAUGAGUGCUUUUAUUUCCUGCUGUGACCUUUUUACAUCCAUCCAUUCUGCCUGGCAUCACCUCUGAAAUGGUCACACUCAUUUCAUCAUCCCUGAAACCACCUCCUCAAUUCUUCCCUCUUUUCUCUCUCUGGAGCUGCUGUAUUUUGGGGUAUUUUAGGGUAUUUUUUUAUUUUUUUUAUUUUUGCAUCAUUUACAGAUCAUUCCCAAACACCUCGGAAUCUGUAACAAUCCUGAGGCAGAGCCAGGGAAUCCAGUUGGAUGCACCUUCCUUAGCCCAGAUAAAGGAGUAAUUUUGCACAAAUCUGAGCUUUGUGGACCUUGUGAUCCUUGGGCCAGUGCUGGUUGAGUGCUGCUCACUCAACCCAAGGCAGGAGCAGCACAAAGUCACCAACAGUUCAUUUACCUGCCCUCAACAUAAGAAAUUUGGUUUUCCAAGCUCUGAACCAGCCCUUUCGUGCUCCCCCAAGCACAGCUGGAGCAGAGCAGGCCACACUGACACCUCACACUGGAAGCAUUCCAUUAUGUCCCAAAACCCCAUGGAGGAUAUUCCAGUACCUGCUGCCAGUCCAUGGGAUCCCCUUGACCUCUCUUAUCUAAAAUUCUCUUAGGUAAAAAAAUCCCAAACCAACCAACCAAUGAAAGCUGAUGAUAUAAGACUGACCACUGAAAUAUCCAUUAUCACUGAAGGUAAUAAUCCAGCAUCACCCAAGGUUUAACCUCAAACUCCAAUUUUUUCAACCUCAAACUCCAAUUUUUUCAACCUCAAAUUUUAUUUUUUUAACCUCACAUUCCAUUUUUUUCCUGAAUUAGCUCCCUAAAACCCAUCUGGAGCUGGAUCUCCAACGGCAGGUACCAGGAGUAUCUCAGAGCACAGCAUUUCACAGGCCUUCAAACCAGGAUGAGAUUGAUAUUUUUGAUAGGACUCUUCAUUAGAGUUGGACACAUUGAUUCUGGGGCUGAUAAUCCAAGUUUCAGAUCAGAUUGGCAGAGUGGAUAAAAAGGGCAAAGUCUCACAGUUCCCAGACACCCUGGAACAUUAAUGUGUAAUAAUUCAGAGUUGCUGGGCACUAUAACAUUGAAGAUAGAGAGCUCUUCAAUAAUCCUGGUGUCAGAGCCACUUUCCAUCAAUCCUUUGUGAGGAAUACAGUGGUGGGAGACUUUCAGCAAGGAAAGGAGGGCAAAAAAAGGGAAAAGUGAGCACUUAACAACAACCAGAAUGUGGAAUAAACAUUAAAAAAAAGGAAUAAUCUUUUUAGCAAAGUUAUUUGGUAUUAAUGCUGUGUUUUCUCCCCCAAAAAAAUGCCACUAGGAAUGUUCUGAAUCUCAGAAAAUAGAACUUAUUUUGCUAAUAUAGUCCAGCUUUUUAUCUGCAUAUACUGUAUGGGCAGAAUUUAAUGGAAAUGUAUUUGAACUACUGAGAAAAAUAAUUUGAUUCCUAUCUGGUUGCUAUUCACUGGACUUUAAAACCAAGAAGAAAUGUCAUUCCCCACCACACCUCCCUGUUCCAGCCCAGGAUCAGCAGCUUCAAAGUGAAAUUAAGGUUCAGGACUUCUCCAGCAGAUUGGCUGCAGGGACACAAAGGCCAAUAAAAGCAAAUCCCCACAAUUCAAAUCUGGAAAAAAAUGAUGGAGUCUAUUAAUGAAAGACUAAAAAAACAGUGUAAGCAAACCAUGGUUUUGCUAAAUAUAUCCAUAGGAAUUGCCAUAGAUCAGAAGCUUCCCAAUGUCACCAAGCUGCCCAAAUCAUACACCUGCAAGGAAAGUUUCCCUGCUAAAUUAGUUUUUUUUUUUUUAAAAAAAAAAAGAGGAUGAUUGAAGGUAAGGAAUUAUGAAGUUUGCACAAUUAGAAUAAUCCUUUAAUAACUGCAGUUUGGCUGCUGGCAGUAUCAGAAUGCAGGGCCAUGAGCCUGUAAAAAUGGGACCAAAAUGAGCUUUAGAGUGUUAAAAUUCUCACUGCUGUUCCUUUACCAGGAGAUGAAACAACUGAUUUCUAAUUGACACCUCCUUCUGAGCCCCGUGCUUGCACAAAGGUACAAUUAUCUCUUAUCCUGACUGAGGAAAAAUGGCAAAAAAAAGAGCAAAAAGACUUGUCUGAAGACAGGGAUGCUUUGUUUUUAAACUACAGAGGCUCCAGCUACCCCAGGUUCCAGAUUUGGGACAGGCUUAAAAAAGCUCCUGUGUAGCACAUUUAGGAAAGUGAAGGUGGAGAACUGGGAGAUGAUGGAGACCUGGGCUGGAGUCAGGGACCUGGGGAUGAUCUUCAAGGUGCCUCCCAACCCACACAUCCUGGAAUCUGUGGCCUGAGGAAAACUGAAGUGAGAGUCCCCAGACAUGGAUGUGUCCAUCCUCCCUGACCCCACCUCUGUCACUGCCGGGUCUCUGGUGGAACUGCUCUCACUCACACCUGAACAAAACUGAGGUGUCCACAGUGUCCCACAGCUCUUACAGCUUUUGCUGCGAGCUUUGCCAAACAGAGGAAUUUUGAAGGUGGAUGAGCAAUUCCCUGCCAUGGAACCGUUUUUGCCACGUUAAACAGUAGUUAGUAAAACACUUCCAUGAAGCCGGGCAAAUUCUCAGCUUUUUGUGAUGGUUUUUGCACGUCACAGAGGUCAUCAAGAAGGAAAAUUGCCAUUCCAAGGGAGACUGGAAAUCCCUCCAAACAUUCUGCGUUUGGACCUCUUUUCCUAAUAGGAUGAUGAUGGGGGAUGAUCUCUACCCCAUUUCUCACUGCAUGAACCGACCAGAAGAGGACAGACACAACUCUAUGGGGAACACUGGGAUUUUUUCCCUCAAUUCCAGUGUCAGAAAAUCCCAGAAUGGUUUGGGUUGGAAAGGACCUUCAAGACCAUCCCAAUUCCACCCCCUGUCAAGGGCAGGGAUACGUCCCUCCCACUAUCCCAGGCUGCUCCAAGCCCUGUCCAGCCUGGCCUUGGACAAUUCCAGGGAUCCAGAGGCAGCCACAUCUUCUCUGGGCAGGGCCUCCCAGGGAACUAUUCCUUCCCAUCCCAGGGAACAACUUCCUAUCCCAUGUCCAUCAAUCUUUUUUCAGUUUAAAAGUGUGUGUGGUCCAGUAACUCCUCAGGAGGUCAGCAGAGGUAUUUUGGCAUUUAGAUGAAGUUUACCCUCUGGAAUGUUCGAACCUGGAGUCAGUUAGGUCAUUUCUUUGGUAAAUAAGAGAUUUGUUUACUUUAUUGCCAUCCACACAAGCUCCAAAGAAAUUCCACGGAUGGACCUGGAACUGUGGACAAAACUCAAACAACUGCCACACUCCUGGUCUGUGGAUUCUCCUCAAAUUCCCAUUAUCCAAGGAAAUGAGAAAACACAAAGUACUGGGACCUGCUCAGGCUGCAACAGGCAGAGUUCAGCACUUCCAUGAUCCUUCCUGCUGGUUUUUAUCUCCAUACAUUUUCCUAUCCUUCUUGCAAGUACAGAAUCCCGGAAUCAUUGAUGUGGGAAAUGACCUCCAGGACCAUCAAAUCCAGCCUGUGCCUGAUCCCCACCUUGUCCACAGCCCAGUGCCACAUCCAGGCCUUCCUGGAACACCAAGCACUGGCUCCACACAAACACCAGGGUCAGUGGCCAGCAAGUCUCCUCCCUGUUUUAAUUCUAUGCUACUGCACAACGUUUGGAAUUUUAAACAAGCCUGGCUGAUGCAGUUAUUAUUUGAAGCCAGUGUAGGCUUAGAGAUAGAAUGCACAAAGAGUAUUUGAGCUUGCACUGAAAUCUUAAUCACAGCAAAAUGAUGAAAUAAUACCACAGAUUUUGAUUUUCUCCCAUCUUCCCUCCUUUAUAGAAACAAUUCCUGGGAGCAGCCUCAGUUCAGAAGUCCAAGCCAAGCAGAAUGCCAGGUGUUGUGUUUCAGUAGUAGGAACUCCUCAGCUCAGGGUGGGAGCAGCAGGAGCUGUGAGGGCACAAGGAUUUCCACCACCUAACACAUCACCCCAGCUGCUCCCAAAAGUGCCACACAAAAUUAAAUAUAAAACCCCAUGGAUUUGGGUGUGUAAGAGCAGUGGGAAGUGGGAAGAGGAACACUGAAAGCUGCAGGAAAGGAUGGGUGGGUGCAGCAGAUCUGAUGAUGAGCUGCUGGCUCAGGAGGCUCCAGGCAAUGACCCCAAAUCCAGGUAAAAUCCCCAAAUCCAGUCCUGAAUCCUCCCUCAUGGGGGGCAACCACAAUGGGGAGAGAUUUGGGCUGAAGGGGGAAGGGACAGAGCUCAUCUCAGCCUCACUACUGGAAUGUGCUCCCAGAUAACCUGCUGGAAGUGCCUGGCCUAAGAAUCACCCACCAGCAAGGCAGCUGCUGUUCCACCAGAGCAAAUCCCCUCGAUGGUUAUCAACACCACCAGCUGACAUCCUGAUCAGCCUCCUGAUUUUUCUGAUGAGACAACAAAGGCACAAAUAUUCAGGAGAGAUGCUUGACCUUGUACACACCUAAUUCCUGUAAGAUUUUGUGAUUUCACUUGAAAUGCAUUUCAAUUUUCUUCGUCCUCGCUGCGUUUUUUUAUAAAAAACUCAACAGUCCUAUUAAAAUAUAUAGUUAUUAAAAAAAAAAAAAAACAACACUCCCUGACUAACCUGAGUAUAAUACAAAAUGUAUUUACAGGGUGAAAGCACUUGAAUUGCUGUCGUGGGAGUCGUGCCGUACGCCCACAGUGCAAAUACCUCAAAAAGCAAAUUAGUCAUCUGCUUCCAACUGUCAGGAUGCAGCAAAAGACAAACCACUGUCUCGGAAAGAGCCUGAAAAAUCUCCCCACUGACUUUCUGUACAUGGCAAAGGAUUUUUUUUCAGAUGCCAGAUCAGUCAUAUCAACCUUGAAAUAAGAGAGAGAAGAGUGUUCAGUGUGGGAGUGUCAGGGUGGAUGGGCUUUGGACAGCCUGGGAUUGUGGAAGCUGUCCCUGUCCAGGGCAGGGGAUGGAAUCAGAGGAGCUUUGGAGAGAGGAAAACGGUUUUUGUUAAGGUUUAGUUAAUCCUUAGUUAGGAAAGGAUUAACCACCCAGCAACACAAAGCUGGGAUCACUUAGACCCAUGUGAUCUCCAAGAGGGAAAACAAAACAAAGGGAAACAGGAAAAACAGACACAACAAAACUAGGGAAAAUAGAAAAAGUAGUUAGGAGGGAAACCAAAAAUAACCCAAGCACACCAGACCCCGAAACACACGGAGCAAAAUCCAUGUUUGCAUCCAGAAGAGCCUCAAGGUAAUUCCUCAAAGCACAACACCCAUCCUGAUUUUUACCCUCUCUAAAUGCAAACUGCUAAUUGGCAAUUAUCAACUUCAGGAAAAAACAACAGCAAAAAGGUUAAAACAAUUUUUCUACUUUGAAAGUCAUUUUUCAAAACACCCUUGCAGGAGUCAAAGGCUGGCCCAAGGUGGUUUAGACCUGCCCAGACCUGGUUUGGGAGCAGAAUCUGAAGCUCUUAAAGGAACUAGAGAUUUUCAUCCACUAAAAACCUGAUUUUGCUGAUAUACAAAUACAUUUGUAUGAGUUUCCCAUUGAACUAAAGUGGUAAAGCUUUCCUAGGGCAGAAUAAACCUCUAGGGCUAAGCAGGAUUUAUUUUAACCUAAAAUAAGAUGCAGAAGAUAUACAAGAGAUUUUUCUGCAUUUUACAUGGCUGAAAAAUGACUUACUCAAGUCAUAAAGACAACUAAAGCUCUCGUGACAAAGCGGAGUCAUUUUAUUUUGCCAAAAGGCAGAUUAUGUUUGUAGUAAUAAUGCCAAUUUUCUCUUGAAGCACAGUUACUGGAAUUAUCAGUUCUGCAGUACUUUAAAGUGGGAAACAAAGAUUUUGAGAAGUUCUCCACCCAACUGUUGGUUUUUAAAGUAUUUUUCUGUAAAGAUGGACAACGUUAGGCCAGGUUGGAUGGGGCUUGGAGCAGCCUGGUCUAUGGAAGGUGUUCCCAUGGCAGGGGGUGGAACUGGGUGGGUUUUAAGAUCUUUCUCAAGCCCAACCACUCUGGGAUUCUGGGAUCAGUAGGGUUUAACCAGCUGUGUAAUGAGUUGUCUCAGCAGCUCUAGGAAAUAAUAAAACAACUCCAAUUAAUACAAAGACUUGAGGAGAAGCAGGGCCUGCACUCCUCUGAGCAAGGCCAGAACUGUCACAUCAAACACACUUCAAAGGCCCACUGCCUGCCUAAGAUCAUUUGUUUCACUAUAUUUAAAUAACAAACAUCAACCAAAAAAAAAAUUCUUGAAGUCUGUUCAUCCUCCUUGCUGGUGAUAAUCCAUCAAAAGUGUGAGGAACAUCAGGAGCAUCCUGCUCGGUACCCAUCACAGCCACUUCUGGGAAAUCCUGCCAUUAGGGGACUCCAGAUCUAACAGAUCAAUCCUUCCAAGUCAUUUUUAGGAGUUUUUUCUUUGUUUUUAAUAGAUGCCCAUUAAAAAAUAAAUCAGCAUACACAGAUCUAAGCUUCCCUCUCCCAGCUCAAUGGGGUCUCUCUAAUUUAUACAAGCAAAAAAAAAAUAUUCAAAUGCAAAGAUUUUGAUGUUAAAGUUGGUAUUUUUUAAAAAAAGCCUCCAGCAGGUGCACAAAUUGUGUGUUUCACAGGGAUUUAGAGAGUGUAAUCCCCUUAGGCUGCUCUGAAAAUUGCAGCCUAUUCUUAGUUCCUGCCAGCCCAUGUCAGCAAAAUGGUUGUUCUUCAUUAUGAUAUUUUAAUACUUAGGAGUGUUAAUUGAGGUUAAGCUCAGGUUGUACCCAGAAUGCCAAAAAAAUUAAAUAAAUUAAUAUUAACCUGACAGAAAAUGAAAGUCUCCUGAAAGUAAUACAGAAAAAUGUGUGAAAAACUGGAGAUGAGAUCUCCUUCCCCAGGGGAGAUGCAGACAGAGAAACUGAACUCACCUACAUCCAUCCUUGCUCCAGAACCUUUGAGGCCAGGUUGGACAGGGCUUGGAGGACCCUGGGGUAGUGGGAGGUGUCCCUGCCCAUGGAAUUUUGUGGGAUUUAAGGUCCCUUCCAACCCAAACCAGUCUGGGAUUCGGGGAUUCCAUGACCUGCCCAAGCUCUGCACAUCCAGAUGGAAACAGAAAAUACAGGAUUGAAGGUCAAAGGAUGAAGCUCUGGAGCCAUGCUCCUCCUCAGUGGACAUCAGAACAAUCACAUCCAAAUCAGGCUGAAACUGCAGGAAUAACUUCUGGGAUCCCUACCAGGCCAAACCCAACUUCCAUUUCUCUAAAAAGGCGACAGAUUUUCUGUAGGAAACCUUGCCUUGUGAAAGACUUGACAUUUGAAAGAAUUUAUUUUUACCAAAAAUAACAACUGGUUUACUAACGACAGACAAAGUUUUUGGUCUCUCUCCUACAUGGGAAUGCUUUCCAAAUUAUUUUUAGGAGGAAAGAAAGAAAGCAGCUUACUCAAACACUGCAUGGCACAAGGAAAGCAUCAUCACCCAGAACUCUGCUCUCCUUCUCCUGGUAUCCAGACUCUGCUCUCAAAUCAUUCCUAGGAGUCCAAAACUGAUGGAAACUCUGUUUUUCGGGAAGUCUGCACUGAAAAUCAACCUCACUAAAAUCUGCAUGGCAAUGCUGUGCCUGUAGUGAAAUCCUUGCUGGCGUGAAGGAGACAAAUUCCAUGCAAGUGUUUGUGUAGAUAAUUAUGUGAAAACAAGAAAGUGAAAGUCUAAAGCCCUGAGGUAUCAACAACAAAAUUCUUUCAUGAGGAGUUUAAUUUUUAUAGAAAUAAUUGAAUUUACACUGUUCUAACACUCACAUAAUUCAGUCCUGGCUAAAGAGCUCUGAAACUGCCAGAUGGAAACCAAACACUGGGACACCAUGGAGGGUUCUUGGGGCUUUCAGGGAAUUCUAACAGGAUCACUCAAAGAAGGAAAUAAUAGAAAAUAUGCAAAAAUCAUCUCUGAAAAGCUAAAAAUACUCAGUAAGGAAAAACUGCUUUAAGAAAACUUGAACAAGAAUUAAAUCCAAGUAGAAAACAAAUCUAUCACUAUAACCAGUGAAGACUGAGAAUUGCAAAGAUGCUAAAACCAAGCAGAGUUAAAUGUGGCAGUUGAGAGAUCAGGAUUUCAAACUCAUGAUCCAAAAAUCAUCUCAUUUUUAAAUAAUUACAUCCAAGGAUGUAAGUAUUCAUUUUCAUCAGCUUAACGAGUCAGCCUUACACCAGCAAACAUGCUUUUAAGUGGAAAUCUAGAAUUAUUAUGCAUUUAAAGACCAUCAAAUCAUAGAAUGGUUUGGGAUGGGAAAACCUUAGAGAUCAUCCAGUUCCAGCUGUUUGCAGGGCUACAAAGAUGAAUGAAAAAGUCCCAACUGGAAAACAACUUUAAACAAAAAAAAAACCAAACCAAGCUGGCACCAGCACAGGGUGUUUAUGGCUUUACCUAUAAAGAGCAGAGCCACAUCCCUCUGAAGGCAGCUAUUGACUCUUCUUUAUGUCCUCAGUAAAUAAAGGCCUUCCCCAACUCAUCUCUAGACUUUAAAUGUUGUAUCUUUAGUUAGAGCUUUUAGGAGCUGAUCGAUAGCUUGGGGAAAAAAAAAAAUCAUUUUACAAGUCUCAGGUUCAUAGUAGGGACAAUUUGAAUGUCAGCUUCUGAAAGAUCUGAAGAGGGGAAAUGAAAAUCAGGAAUUGCUUCUCUUAGAGAGGAAAAGAGCAAAUAUAAACCAGGAGGGGGCUUUUCCCAUAAGGAAGAGCACACCAAAUGGACAUUUUGCUUCAUGUGAACUCCUCUGCACAUCUCAAGGAGGGUGGGUUUGAUGCCAUUUUGGUUUUCUAUGUCCUCUGUAUUCUCUGCACAUAUCUUUGGAGCUCUGUAACAUAUGAUAUUAAUGUCUAAUGUACCAAAUAACUUUGCAUGACUGUUCCCUAGACAAAAACCAGCCCAAAUUCCAGAGCUCCAAGCCCUGAGAAACACAAGACCCCUGUCCUAGGUUGGUUCUCCCUGACUACCAAGGCUGAGAACAACUCUUCGAGACACAUUUCAUGGACAAAGUACAGCUUAGUGCCAGACUCCAGAAAAGGGACUUCACCUAGAGAAAACUGCACCACCACUUGUCCUCCUAAUUAGUAAUCUCACCAAUUAUGCUGAUUUCCUAAAACUUAUGCAAAUGUACUCACCACUGGGAGGGUAGACUUUUGCAGACGUCUUUCCAUAACUGUCCCUGAAAGCCUUCAAUAAAAAUCCACUUUUACAUUACCUCCUACCCUAAAUUUAUCUCGAACUUUAUUUUCCACAUUGGGAAAAUGACAACAGGGUUAGAUGGGAUAUUGGGAAAGAAUUGUUCCUUGUGAGGUGGGGAGGAGCUGGGAUGGAAUUCCCAGAGCAGCUGGGGCUGCCCCUGGAUCCCAGGCAGGGUCCAAGGCCAGGCUGGA